UCGAUGGCUUCCGUGUAAACGUAAGCCAAACCCAACUCAUACGCACACAGUCUUCCUUUAAAGCCUUCUUUCCUCCAUGGGCCAUCCACCGAAUCCCCUAACCUUCUAAUCUAUCCCCCCCUCUCUCUCUACAUACGGUUUCUCAUUCAAUCGGAAUAUACCUUUCAUCCACCGUCAAAAAUUAGUUAGAAAUUGUCAUCGUGAUAUCUGGCGAUCGGGAUAGGUAUGGGGCAUCGGCAUCUUUUCAGCCCAUCCUACAUGCUGGAGACUGAGAAUGAUCAGAGCUGGAACUUGACAGAGAAUCCUUACAUGCAUACCGCAAGAAGUGGGACAGGUGAAAGCAGUUCUCUUGUGUAUCCAGCAGAUAAUAUGUCGAUUGAUGGAGCACAGUAUACUUCACACUGUAAUCAGGCUCCAAUGUCAAGUGGAUAUUCUUCAUUAGCUCACAAUCUGCAGGUCCCAAAUUAUCAGCAAGAUGUUGCUGGCCCAUCAGAUCUCUCUAUGCAUACAUCUUCUGCUGGAGGAUUCUAUAUAGCUCCUGAAGAUUAUAGGAAUCAAGCAUCUUCGUCCAAUUACAAUGGGAAUCCCUUUAAUGAAGAAGAUUUAUUUGAUAUUAGGGUGGGUAAUGGAAGAGGUCAGUAUAAGCGUAAAAGCCCGGGUGUUCCAGAUGGCUGUGAGAGAGACGGGGCAAAUGGAUAUAAUGAUGCUGGAAGUUCUUCUGAUGUCGCUAUGCUCACUGAACCUUGGCAAGAACCUCCAAGCACAAAUUUUCUUCGCACACCUUGGGAUUACCAUACAACAAACCCUGAUCACAGAGGUAACAGUCUCUCAAUUGGUGGGGAAAGUUCUCUCAGGAAUGUGCGAAGCAGGGCUGCAUUUGACUUGGAAACUAACUCUGCAAGGACUCAUUUGGCAAAUAAUUUGUCACGCGAAUAUCAUACAACUAGCCGGCCCAUGGAUAUUUCACCCUCCGUAGAUCUCCUGGGCCAGAGUUCAAACGGUCUGACAAGGGAGUGGAAUCCAACUCGUAUGUCUUUUGCUGCCCAUGACAGCAACUCCAUUGAUUGUGAAUUAAACCCCUUUCUCGUUGGAAGCAGUAAUCCUAGUUCUUUGGUAGAGAUUGGACAACAGAAUAACAAUCCAUUAACAAGAAGCAAUCAUGUCCUUCAAAAUUUCCAGGGCCUCUCAGUGCAAUCUGUUAGAGGAGUUCGAAGUAGCUAUAGUCAGAGGCCUGCCUCAACUUUCAGGGCAUCUUCAAGCAACUUGCGGUUGGGGCAUUCAGUAGCAACAGAUGAAGGGUUGCAGUUAGCCACCAACAAUUAUACUUCCCGGCAUCCGAGGCCUUCAUCCACUAUAGGCUGGCAUACGAGUGACAGGAGUGGACGAGCAAGGAUGUCAAGCGAGAGACACCGGUCUCUUUCUGGGGUGAAUUUCCAUGAUCGACCAGCACCUGAGGGUCUUAUGAUUGUGGAUCGAUCAGCGUUCUAUGGAUCCAGAAAUCCAUUUGAUCAGCAUCGGGACAUGAGACUUGACAUCGAUGACAUGAGCUACGAGGACCUCCUUGCACUUGGGGAAAGGAUUGGAAGUGUCGGCACUGGAUUGCCUGAGCAUCUUAUCUCAAAGUGCGUGCAGGAAUCAAUUUACUGUUCUUCAGACCAAAUACAAGAGGAAGGAACCUGUGUAAUCUGCCUGGAAGAAUAUGCAAACAUGGAUGAUAUCGGGAUGUUAAAAGCUUGUGGGCAUGAUUUCCAUGUUGGGUGCAUUAGAAAAUGGUUGUCAAUGAAGAACUUGUGUCCCAUCUGCAAAGCAGAACCCACGAAACAGAAUUAAGUUGCAAUCUAUCUAUCCAUCCAUCUAUCUAUCUGUAUGUGGUUUACUUAAUUCCAUUAUUGUAAAUACAUGUAUAAAAAUUCAAGAAUCUCCUCGAAAUCGAGGAAAAACGGUCCUGAAUAAUCUGGUCAACAUUCUGCAUCCCAUGGUGGUGUAUCCCUCGUAAAUUACUGGGACCGUUUAUGUAUAUAUGUUAGUCGCUAAUACAAAUUAUAUCGACUUC